AUGAAUCAAUCAGUAGAACAAAAUCUAUCGAAUUUAGUUCAAGAAUUGACGACGUCUGGCUCGAAGACUUUAAACGAGGAGAAAAUUAAAAAAUUGAAGCAAAUUUGCAAACAAACUGAUGUCAAUGUUGAGUACUGUUACCGUUUAUUACAUGCUCAACUAAAUAAAAAUCACUCGGAAAUUCGCUAUUCAACAUUUCAAAUUAUCGACCAACUUUUUAACCGUUCUCACCACUUUCGAACACUUUUACUGGAUGAUUUCAAAUAUGUCAUUGAUAAUUGUCUUGGACUGGAUGUUGAUACACAAUUACCACCACCGGAUUCCACUGCCAAGUUAUUACGGCAAUUUACCGCCACGUCGAUUAAAAAAUGGCACGAGAAAUUUGGUUCGACUUAUAAAUUACUGGAUGUUGGGUAUAAUUAUCUAAAGAAUUGUAAAUUUGUCAAUUUUGAUAAUGUCGACGAGCCGAUUGGUAUAACUGCUCAGUUGGAACGCGAGCGAAAUGAAGCCAAUCAGAUUCGUUUGAAUCAAAAACUUCAAAAUGCUUCGCGAGAACUAACCGAAACAUCUAGUGAAAUUCAAUCGUAUAUCAAACAAGCAGAAAACUGUUUAAAUCUUCUUGUUUCGAGCAAUGACAAUGCAUCUAUUCCGAAUAUAUUCAUGGAAUCAGUAGAGGACAUUCCAAAUGAUAACAAGGAAGAGGAAGAACAAGAGGAUGAUGAUGACGAUGAUGAUGAUGACGAUGGCGAUUUCGUGGAAGUUCCACUUGGUCCGACAAGAAACACUGAUGAAGAACUUCUGCAAAUCCUCGGAUUGGGGACUGCUGGCAAAAUGAAUCUAUCGAUUGAUAUCAUGGCACGACCAACCUCGUCGGCACGCAAUAUUCAAACAACAGAUGACAAUCGCGCCUUGAUUGAAAAUCUUCAAGAUCUAUACCGACAAUUGGAAGAUGUUUAUUUACAGAAAAUUCAAACAUGGAUGAAUAUAUUUAUUCAAGUGCAACAAAACUCCAACGGACAACAAACUACAGCGGUCAUAAAACGAGCAAUCGACUUGAAAAAUUCCAUUCAAUCUUGUUUAAAAAGAAUUGAAGAUUAUCGCUUAGCACCAAAACGACCCGUUGUAAAAGACAAACCAGUGACAGAAACAAAAGUGACCGCUACUACUCAAAGCUCACCCAAAAAGACAGCACCCUUGCCUACGUUAACUGAUGAUGAAAUCAAGUAUUUCUUUCACAAUGACACCGAAGCGAUCAAACGAAGUUUUAAACAAUGUGAUGUUCAAAAUGUAUUCGUACGGCCUUCUGACAGCGAUGAUAUGCCAGACACUUUAAACUACUCGCUACUGAUGCAUAAACGAACGUUUGUUCAAGAAUUACCUGAGAUUAAAUGGAAAUGUCGUGCACCGUUGGGGAAUAGUAAACUAUGCGAGCGUAUGGAUCGAUACAAGUGUCCCUUCCAUGGACGAAUCAUUGCUCGUGACGAACAAGGACGAGCUGCAGAUGACAAAAUUCGAUAUCAAGAGGAAGAACAACAGCGAGCAAAAAGACGUGCAUUACCUGAAUGGCAAGAUCCUGAAAUGUUAGAAGAUAUUCGGUUAGCCACUGGUAUCGAUCUACGAAUGGAUGCUGCGAAUAAGCGAAAGAAGAAGAAAAAGAAGAUCGAAUCAGGUUUAACGGAUCUGAACAAAGAACACGACACUGUACGAAAUCGAUUAGAAAAGAAGUUAUUAAAUCCGUCGGCAUUGAAGCGCAUUGGUGCAGCAUUAGAUGCUGAUGAACGACGCCGCAACGAAGAAAAAUUUCAUCAUCAAUUUAAUUAUGCACUAAAUAAUUAG